CAGCCUUACCCAGAUCUCCUCCCCCAGGCCUGGUCUCCUCACAGGACGCCCCCUCCCCGCUCUUCCUGCCGGGUUUCCUUUCGCCUUUUCCUGUCCCCCACCCAGUGCUGGAAGCUGGGGCAGAGGCACAGACUUUACAAGAGCAGAGAGAUCAGGAAUUAACCGAGGCCAACGGAGCCAGGGCCUCCGGGUGCUGCGGGACCCGAAGCAGGGGCCAUGCUAUCUGGUGAACGAAAGGAGGGCGGAAGCCCCCGCUUCGGGAAGCUUCAUCUACCUGUAGGCCUGUGGAUCAAUUCCCCCAGGAAGCAGCUGGCCAAGCUGGGGCGGCGCUGGCCCAGUGCUGCCUCUGUGAAGUCUUCGUCUUCCGACACGGGGAGCCGCAGCAGCGAGCCGCUACCCCCGCCCCCUCCGCACGUGGAGCUGCGGCGGGUGGGCGCGGUGAAGGCGGCCGGGGGAGCCUCGGGGAGCCGUGCCAAGCGCAUCUCACAGCUCUUCCGGGGCUCGGGGACCGGGGCCGUGGGGUCCGGUGGCGCUGGAGGUCCCGGGACUCCUGGGGGCGCACAGCGCUGGGCCAGCGAGAAGAAGCUGCCGGAGCUGGCAGCGGGCGUAGCCCCGGAGCCCCCACUGGCCACCCGCGCCACGGCGCCACCGGGGGUCCUCAAGAUCUUUGGCGCGGGUCUGGCAUCGGGUGCCAACUACAAGAGCGUGCUGGCCACGGCGCGUUCCACCGCGCGUGAGCUGGUGGCCGAGGCGCUGGAGCGCUACGGGUUGGCCAGCAGCCCCGGCAGUGGCCCGGGCGAAUGCAGCUGCGUGGACGCCUUCGCGUUGUGCGACGCGCUGGGCCGACCCGCGACGGCCGGCGUGGGCAGCGGCGAGUGGCGGGCGGAGCACCUGCGUGUGCUGGGCGACUCCGAGCGCCCACUGCUGGUGCAGGAGCUGUGGCGGGCGCGGCCCGGCUGGGCGCGGCGCUUCGAGCUGCGCGGCCGCGAGGAGGCGCGCCGCCUGGAGCAGGAGGCCUUUGGAGCUGCGGACAGCGAUGGCACCGGCGCCCCCUCGUGGAGACCACAGAAGAACCGCUCCCGGGCAGCAUCUGGUGGGGCGGCGUUGGCCAGUCCUGGUCCAAGUUCGGGAUCAGGACCCUCGACUGGGUCCGGGGGCAAGGAGCGGUCAGAAAACUUGUCCUUGCGGCGCAGCGUGUCCGAGCUUAGCCUGCAGGGUCGGCGGCGGAGACAGCAGGAACGCAGACAGCAGGCACUUAGCAUGGCACCAGGGACAGCUGAUGCCCAGAUUGGACCUGCAGAUCCUGGGGACUUCGAUCAGUUGACUCAGUGCCUCAUCCAGGCCCCCAGCAACCACCCCUACUUCCUACUGCUCCAGGGCUACCAGGACGCCCAGGACUUCGUGGUUUACGUGAUGACACGGGAGCAGCACGUGUUCGGCCGGGGCGGGACCUCGUCAACCCGCAGCGGGUCCCCAGCCCCAUAUGUGGACACGUUCCUCAAUGCCCCUGACAUCCUGCCACGUCACUGCACCGUGCGCGCCGGCCCGGAGCCCCCAGCGAUGGUGCGCCCUUCUCGGGGCGCCCCGGUCACGCACAACGGGUGCCUCCUGCUGCGGGAGGCCGAGCUGCACCCCGGCGACCUGCUGGGGCUGGGCGAGCACUUCUUGUUCAUGUACAAGGACCCCCGCACUGGUGGCUCGGGGUCGGCUCGGCUCCCGUGGCUGCCCGCGCGUCCCGGGGCCACCCCGCCGGGCCCCGGCUGGGCCUUCUCUUGUCGCCUGUGCGGCCGCGGCCUGCAGGAGCGCGGGGAGGCACUGGCCGCCUACCUGGACGGCCGCGAGCCGGUGCUGCGCUUCCGGCCGCGCGAGGAGGAGGCGCUGCUCGGCGAGAUCGUGCGCGCCGCGGCCUCGGGCGCGGGAGACCUGCCCCCGCUCGGGCCCGCCACGCUGCUCGCGCUGUGCGUGCAGCACUCGGCCCGGGAGCUGGAGCUAGGCCACCUGCCGCGCCUACUGGGCCGCCUGGCCCGACUCAUCAAGGAGGCCGUGUGGGGAAAGAUAAAGGAAAUUGGAGACCGUCAGCCUGAGAACCAUCCUGAGGGGGUCCCGGAGGUGCCCCUGACCCCUGAGGCUGUGUCUGUUGAGCUGAGGCCACUCAUGCUGUGGAUGGCCAACACCACAGAGCUGCUCAGCUUUGUGCAGGAAAAGGUUCUGGAAAUGGAGAAGGAGGCUGACCAGGAGGACCCACAGCUCUGCAGUGACUUGGAAUUGUGUGAUGAGGCCAUGGCCCUCCUGGAUGAGGUCAUCAUGUGUACCUUCCAGCAGUCUGUCUACUACCUCACCAAGACUCUUUAUUCAACACUGCCUGCUCUCCUGGACAGCAACCCUUUCACAGCUGGGGCUGAGCUGCCGGGGCCUGGCGCAGAGCUGGAGGCCAUGCCUCCGGGGCUGAAACCUACCCUGGGCGUGUUCCAGGCAGCUCUGGAACUCACCAGCCAGUGUGAGCUUCACCCUGACCUUGUGUCUCAGACUUUUGGCUACUUAUUCUUCUUCUCCAAUGCGUCCCUUCUCAACUCGCUGAUGGAACGAGGUCAAAGUCGACCUUUCUAUCAGUGGUCUCGAGCUGUCCAAAUCCGAACCAACCUGGACUUAGUGUUGGACUGGCUGCAGGGUGCUGGGCUGGGCGACAUUGCCACUGAGUUCUUCCGGAAACUGUCCACAACUGUGAACCUGCUUUGUGUGCCUCGAACCUCCCUGCUCAAGGCUUCCUGGAGCAGCCUACGAACGGACUACCCGACCCUGACCCCCGCUCAGCUGCACCAUCUGCUCAGCCACUACCAGCUGGGUCCUGGCCGUGGGCCUCCCCCCGCCUGGGACCCUCCCCCUGCAGAGCGGGAUGCUGUGGACACAGGGGACAUUUUCGAAAGCUUCUCCUCCCACCCUCCCCUCAUCUUGCCUCUGGGCAGCUCGCGCCUGCGCCUGUCCGGUCCGGUGACGGAUGAUGCCCUGCACCGUGAACUGCGCAGGCUCCGUCGCCUCCUCUGGGAUCUCGAGCAGCAGGAACUGCCGGCCAAUCACCGCCACGGACCUCCCGUGGCCGCGUCUCCUUGAGAACCAAUAACGCAGAAGCGCGCGAACCUUGAAAAAAGAAUAUUAUCGGCUCCUACUCAAGGGAGCCCGCCUGAACGCAGAGUUUUCUGGGAGUUGUAGUUCUUGCUCCCGCGUGGAACGCUGGGAGUUUGAGUUUUCGGGUGGUAUCGGAUGCUCAGAGGAGAUGGGCUUGGAAUGUGAGGGCCAAGGAACAAUAAAACUAUCUGUGGUAUUGGC